ACAUUCGCUGUGCCAAAGAAUUUGUUUUGUUUAAUUUAUCAAAACCCAAACAAACUGUCUAUUCCAAUCCCUAAAUUUAAUUCUCUUCAUUUUUGCCCUAAUCUAUCGAUUCUCUCAGCUUCACCCAAUUCACUCUCCCGCCGGUGGCUCCUUCACCGGAAACACCCUACUCAAACUCACACUCCGCUCACUCUGCUCAUAAUCAAAUUCACAGAUCCGUCCAUUAAUUUUCAGUUAUUUGAUUGUUCAAAUAACCGAAAUAGAAAUAAUUAUGGCAAGGGAGGAGUUGCCGAUGAUGAGCCCUCAGUUGGAGCAGAUCCACGGCGAAAUUAAGGACAAUUUUCGCGCUCUUUCAAAUGGAUUUCAAAAGCUGGAUAAAGUCAAGGAUUCCAGCAGACAAAGUAAGCAGCUCGAGGAACUUACUGGCAGGAUGAGGGAAUGUAAAAGAUUGAUUAAAGAGUUUGAUCGUGGAGUCAAAGAUGACGAGAGUAGAAAUCCUCCUGAUGUAAAUAAGCAACUCAAUGAUGAGAAGCAAUCUAUGAUAAAAGAGCUGAAUUCAUACGUGGCUCUGAGGAAAACCUAUAUGAAUACCCUCGGAAACAAGAGAGUUGAACUUUUUGAUAUGGGAGCAGGGGGCAGUGAACCUUUAGCUGAAGAAAAUGUUCAAAUGGCAUCAGCAAUGUCAAAUCAAGAACUUGUCGAUGCUGGCAUGAAGACAAUGGAUGAGACAGAUCAAGCCAUUGAACGCUCUAAAAAGACUGUUCAACAAACUAUUGAAGUAGGAACUCAAACCGCUGUUACCAUGAAAGGCCAAACUGAACAAAUGGGGCGUAUUGUUAAUGAGCUGGAUACAAUUCAGUUCUCAAUUAAGAAGGCAUCACAGCUAGUGAAGGAAAUUGGGAGGCAGGUGGCCACUGAUAAAUGUAUAAUGAUGUUUCUGUUUCUCAUUGUCUGCGGUGUGAUUGCCAUCAUCGUUGUGAAGAUUGUCGACCCCAAGAACAAAGAUAUAAGGGACAUUCCUGGAUUGGCACCUCCAGCUCCGGCAAGAAGGCUGUUGUAUAUUAGGGAUCCAGAACAUUUUGCAUUGAAUUAAUUCUUUUCACAAUUUUCCCACUCAAUUUUUAUGGUUUUCUGUUGAGAGUAGUGGGGGAAGGGUUGUAUUUUCUCUUUUCUAUCUCUGUCCUCGUGAUUUGUUUCUCAACUGAGAUGUGCAUAUCCUGAUUGUGUUUGUCAUUGUAAAUCUGGCUUUUUGCAUUGGUUUGAAUCUUAUUGUUAAACUGUUCCAAUGUCUAACUUGUCAUUUUGACC